AUGUAUAUUCUACUUUUGUUAUCUGGAUUACUUUCGUUUCACUUUGGAAAUUCAAUGAUAGAAGAAAUGACAACUCCAGGGGAUAUUGAAGAUUGUUUAAAUACACAGUAUAGAAAAACUAACUUACAACGAAGCAUUGGUGCCAAAAUUUACUGGAAGUGUAUGCAAAGAGCAGCUUGCAAUCGCGCCAUGUUGAAUCAGGGAAGUAAUAUGACUGUGGAGGAAACGCAUUACAUAGAGAGUCUUCUCCCCCCUCCAGUGGUCUUCUAUGGGAGCGGAAUAGAUGUUUUUCAUCCUAAUGCUGAACACAGAUGGAGAAAGGAAUACAGAAUGAUGACUGAGAAAGAAAGGGAGGCUUAUCACCAUGCUGUCAAUAUGUUGAAGCGACUUCGGAUUGGUAAAUCGAACAGAUAUGACGUCAUUGCUGCUCUCCACGAAGGCGCCAUUAUAAAUUCUGCUCACGAGGGACCAAACUUUAUGGGAUGGCAUAGAAUUUACCUCAUAGUGAUGGAAAAUGCUCUACGACAGAUAGUACCCGGUGUUACAAUUCCCUACUUUGCCGGUGAUUUUGAUGAACCUUUAAGAGACUCGACACAAUCUGUUUUAUUCUGCGAGAAAUUCUUUGGAAACGGAAAUGGCGUUGUAACAUCUGGACCUUACGCAAACUGGUCAACCCCAUCCGGACCUCUUGUUCGUAACUAUGGCGACGAUGGAGAACUGUGGACAACCGAGGGCAUACAGAGGAUUCUAAAUAAAACAAGGAAUGCCGAAAUCAUUGCACCCAAUGCCGAAGAAGAAGAUAAUCUGGAGGAACAACAUGGCGGAAUUCAUAACUGGAUUGGAGGCGGAAACGGACAAAUAGCUGAUCUGGAAACUUCCUCACAGGAUCCUGCGUUUUUCAACCUCCAUGCUUAUGUGGAUUAUAUUUGGGAAAAAUUUAGAGAGAGACAGGCUACCUUUGGUGUUAAUCCAGCGAAAGAUUAUCCUGAAGAUUACGGUGAGGAGGCGCAUCACCCACUGCGACUAUCAGGGUUUGCAGCAUUGCGGAAUAUUGAUGGUUAUUCACAUGGUUUAGCAGCCUUGGUUAGUUACAAACCUAAACCUACCUGUUCCAAGCUCAGACCUUAUUGUGGAUCACCAUACUUACGUUGUGAUACCAAACACAAUCCUCCAAGAUGUAUAUCGAAAACCAUAGCAAGUGUGUACAGAACAAGCGAUUCGGAAGAUGAAGAAUGCAAUGCUACCAGAACAGAUAAUGCUGUACAAAACCGUUUUAGUUGCGAUGGAGCUCAAGACAUAAGACAAUGGGUUUAUAUCCCUGUAGAGGUUAUAUGUGUUCGUCCACCAGAGAAGAAAAUGUACCGUUCUUAUCCCGUUUUCAAUGGAAACCUAUAUCGACGAGGAGAUAUUUAUUCACCAAAAACAUACGGAAUGGAAGAUAUACUUAAAACUGACAAUUUAGCAAAAUAUUCACGAUGUAAGGAUGAUACAGAUAGAAAUGCAGGUCGCGUGACAAUUCAGUCACGUGGUUUAAAUUAUAAAGGAACUUAUGCCGAAUUUGCUGUUAUGGAUACGAGAUUAGCCAUGUCUAAUUCAAUGGCAUACGUUGCUGUUAAAAAUCCUGAAAAUGGUGUGGCAGAAGUUAUUUUAUCUGCUCGCGACUCAUGUGGCAGGGUUUGCAGAGCCUACUGCAAGAAUAAUAUGCCAGGAAGCACGGAGUAUAGACCAUGCAAUGGUGUCAUAAGAGUGACGUCACGGAUGCCGAAAUUAUAUGGACGUCAUUAUGGAGAAAAUGUCUAUGAUAUGUGGAAUCUACCACUUGGUGAGAACUGUCCAUCAAUAAAAAAGACAGAAGUGUCCAUUAAAUUCUUUUGUGAUUUUAAAAAUGACUGGCCUUGGGAAAGUGAUUUUGUCUCACAACAAAAGCGAAUGGGACCAACUUUCCCGAGACGACUGAAUGGAAAUAAUCGAAGACAUCCGAUAGUAAUGCCAUCGAUGGUGCGAGGACUUGUAAAUGAAAACCGGAUAAAUAAUUUACAACAAGAGUUUAUCAGGGAUAAUCAAAAGAUGCCUGGUUGUUUCUUAGGACAUAACUGCCUCCUCGCUGGACCCUGUAGACCUUGCCAUAAUGGCCAGAGAUUUCAGUGUUUGAACAAUCACAUUAAUUUUGCCGUGUGUCGGAAUGGGGCGUAUGUGAUUCGACAAUGUCUUGGACGAACUCGGGUCGAAGGUCAUGCCUAUACAUGUGUGGGUGAUGUUUAUAGACAGCAAUUUUUAUAA